GCUGGCCGGGCUCUUUUGUUCGAGGGAGGCGGACGGAGCGCGGCCAGGCCCGCGGCGACACGGAGCGGGGCCGCCUGCAGCGACACGGAGCGGGGCCGCCUGCAGCCCCUUCCCUCGGCGGCGGUUGGCGGGGCUGUGCAAGCAGCGUCGCCCGUAAGCUGAAAAACUGGCCAGCACAAUGGGAAAAAAACAGAACAAGAAGAAAGUGGAAGAGGUUUUAGAGGAAGAGGAGGAGGAGUAUGUGGUGGAGAAGGUCCUGGAUCGGCGAGUGGUGAAGGGCAAAGUGGAAUACCUGCUCAAGUGGAAGGGCUUCUCAGAUGAAGAUAACACAUGGGAGCCAGAGGAGAACCUCGACUGCCCAGACCUCAUUGCAGAGUUCCUUCAGUCCCAGAAAACCGCACAUGAGAGCGAGAAGUCCGAGGGGAGCAAGCGCAAAGCGGAGUCUGACACAGAGGAUAAAGGGGAGGAGAGCAAACCAAAGAAGAAGAAGGAGGAGUCGGAGAAACCGCGAGGCUUUGCCCGAGGAUUCGAGCCCGAGCGGAUCAUCGGUGCCACGGAUUCCAGCGGGGAGCUCAUGUUCCUGAUGAAGUGGAAGAACUCUGACGAGGCCGACCUGGUCCCUGCCAAGGAAGCCAACAUCAAGUGCCCGCAGGUGGUCAUCUCGUUCUAUGAGGAGAGGUUGACAUGGCAUUCCUACCCCUCAGAGGACGAUGACAAGAAAGAGGACAAGAACUAAGCCCUGGCACCCGCUCUGGCCAGCCUUUGUAUAAAGAUCUGAACUGUGGGUUUGAGCAAGAGGGAGAGAACGCAGCUCUGCUCGGUUGGGAGCGUAGAGAUGGCUGGAGAAGAUGCCCUUUGAAGAGACCAGUAUGGUUUCUGUGCCCUGCAGCUGCUCAACUGCUUUCUGCAGCUUCAUGCUGUGUACAGAUUCCAAGCAGCCCGACUCAAGGGGGGGGG